GAAAAGUUGACAAAACAAAAAGGAGCAAGCUGGUAUGAAUUUCAAAACUCAUGCUUCCUACACGUUAACUUGUUGUCUGAAAAUUAAAUAUACUUUUUACUCAACUGCGUUACCCACUCCAGUCAGCGGUCUGGGAAUUUAAGGAUAUGCUGUUAUUGUGACGUAUGAUCUAGUGGACGGAACGCUUCUUUCAGCAGCAGCAACAGUUAGUCAGCCAACGCGGUAGCUUGCUAGACAAAAUUAGCCGAAACAAUAAAGCUCUUUAGACGCUUUAGUGUAUAUGAGCCACUGUGUUUUAAACCCACUUCUGUCGUUUAGUUAGUUAUCCGCUUUAAUUUCAUAUUUACGGUGUUGUUGUUAUUAGUCAGCUAGCGGGCUGGUUAAGUUAGCAUUAGCCUAGCUAACAUCCCCGACCAUGCGGCCACUAAGCUACUCUCCUUCUAAUGAAGAGGAGGAUAUCACAAUAAAAAAAGAAGUAGAGGGUGAGGCCGUUACUGUGAAAGAAGAGAAAGACGCGUUCAGAUUGAAAGAGGAGGAGGAUGCAGUUUAUGGAUUGAAAGAGGAGGAGAUGACUGUCCCGUCCAAAAAGGAGGAGGAAAAAGAGGAGGACCCUGGAUAUCUGGGCCCGGUUUCCCAAACGCAUCUUAAGGUGUCCGAUGGUUCGAACGGUGCAGUUAGCCAUAAGAUGGUUUUGAGAAACCGUUCCCUGAUUAACACUAGAGAGAUACAGGACUAUCGUGGAUCCUCCGGGGAGCCUGAACAACCUCAUGAUGCUGGUGAGGCAGAGAAGAGUCUCUCCACAUCAGGACAUGUCAAGAAACACCUGCAGAGACCCACUGGGAAGAGAACUCACUGCUGCUCUGACUGUGGGAAGAGAUUCACCUCCUCAUCAGGCAUUAAAAUUCAUCAUAGAAUCCACACAGGAGAGAAGCCUUAUAGCUGUGGUCAAUGUGGGAAGAGUUUUUCUACUUCUAGAUAUCUGACUAUACACCAGAGAACACACACAGGAGAGAAACCAUAUAGCUGUGGUCAAUGUGGGAAGAGUUUUGCUAGAUCAAACAUUCUGACAUUCCACCAGAGAAUACACACAGGAGAGAAACCUUAUAGCUGUGACCAAUGUGGGAAGAGUUUUACUUCAUCUAGCAGUCUUAUUGUACACCAAAGAACACACACAGGAGAGAAACCUUACAGUUGUGAUCAAUGUGGGAAGAGUUUUAGUUCAUCUAGUGGUCUUAUUGUACACCAGAGAACACACACAGGAGAGAGACCUUAUAGCUGUGAUCAAUGUGGGAAGAGUUUUAAUUCAUCUAGAUGUAUUACUGUACACCAGAGAACACACACAGGAGAGAAACCGUAUAGCUGUGAUCAAUGUGGGAAGAGUUUUACUACUUCGAGCUAUCUGACUCUACACCAGAGAACACACACAGGAGAGAAACCGUUUAGCUGUGGUCAAUGUGGGAAUAGAUUUACGACAUCUGGUUCUCUGACUGUACACCAAAGAACACACACAGGAGAGAAACCUCAUAGCUGUAAUCAAUGUGGGAAGAGAUACUCUGAUAAAAGAUCUCUGAUUAAACAUCAGAAAAUACAUGGAGUUGUUUCAUGAUAUCAAUGAAUUAAUGUCACAAUGAAGCUUAAACUUUUGCCCCCUUAUCAAUAUGAUAUGAAUAUUAGCCCCAGGGGCAAAAUACAGGCUCUGAAAUGAAAUAGUUACUAUUUAUGAGAUUGAACAAAAAGUGACGAACAAGAAAAAAGUUUGUUAGUCAGUAUGUGUUACACCUGUGCUUGCUUGUCCAUCUCGUUAGUGGGAAGGUGUUUCACCUGAGCUGGUCCAGGUUCUAUUUAAGAGUGUCUGGCCCAGUGCUCCAGUUGUCUUGAUAGAUGUGGAGAGUCAACACCUUUAGUUGCUCAACUUUUUUGGUUUGGUUCCUGUCUUUCAGUUUGUUUUGGGUUUUUCUUUUGUUUUCCUCUUGGGCAGAUUUAGUGGGUCUCAUGGUGGGUGUCUUUUAGGUCCCAGUUGUUGUUACGAGUCAACUUUCAGUGAACACCACAGUGUCUAUCGGAACCCCUCCUAAAAAAAAGUUAUGUUUUGGGUUGGAUGUAGCAUCAUAUUACAAUGCUCAUUAGUCUUUCAGUUGUUAGUCUUCUGUUUUUGUAUUCUUAAUAUUUCUGUUUAUUUUCAUUGUUUUUCCCUGUGAAGCCAUUGUGUUGCAUCCAUGUCUGAAAUGUGCUGUAUAAAUAAAGCUUGAUAUGAUUUGAACA